GUACCCCUCCAGAGCUCCCUCACACUUUCACUUCAACUGCUGUCUGUCACAAUCCUAUAAAGCCUUAGCUUUCGUCUCAACUCGUUCAUAUACCUGCAGAUCACUCUGGACCUUUAUUGUCUUUCGAGUAUCCAUCCAACGCUCCAACACCCCGCAACCUCUCCCUAGCUAUUCCGAUCAUCGUCGCAUCAACACAUCGGUACACGGUUCUGCAGAAUGGUUGAGCGUCCCAAUCGUCCUUCUGCGCUGAGCGCUCCGCCUGCCACUGGACCCGGACCCCAGGUAGAUAUCGUUGGAUCAGGACCAAGCUCCAAAGUAGUGGCUACCUUACCCUCGGGCGAGAGCGUCGAAGUGCUCCUAUACGGAGCUACAGUAACGAGCUGGAAGAGCAACGGGGGACAAACGGAGAACCUCUGGCUGAGCGAGAAGGCAGCCCUUGAUGGAACCAAGGCCGUGCGCGGAGGCAUCCCAGUGGUCUUUCCGGUUUUCGGACCUCCCCCUAAAUCCGGCCAUCCCACGUCGUCGCUCCCUCAACACGGCUUCGCACGAACAUCUCGCUGGGAAUUCCUGGGCAAGUCGGCUUCGGAGGAUGCGCUUGGCUCCAACUCGGUCAAGCUGGACUUUGGUCUCGAAACCUCUGGCGUGUCGGACGAGGCGCGCAAAGCAUGGCCGCUGGACUUUGCGCUGCAGUACAGCGUGACCCUCACAAAGGAUAGCUUGCAGACCGUGGUGAAUGUGCGCAACGAAGGCGAGCAGAGCUUCGAGUUCCAAUUCCUCCUGCAUACCUAUCUGCGGGUCAAUGAUAUCUCCAAGGUCACCAUCAACGGUUUGCUCGGCGUCGAAUACAUCGACAAGGUCCUCAAUGCUACUACCCACCAGCAAGCAGACAUGUCUCUCAAGAUCACCGGCGAAACCGACCGCGUAUACAAAUCCAUCCCCCAAGAUACCACAAGCGUGCUCGAGGACGGCAAGCCGCUGUUUGACGUUGUGAGGGACAAUCUUCAGGAUACAGUUGUUUGGAACCCCUGGGUCGAGAAGGCGGCUGCUAUGGGAGACUUUGCACCCAAUGAUGGAUUCAAGAACAUGGUUUGUGUGGAGGUGGGUACGGUCGAUGGAUGGCAGAAGUUGGACAAGGGAGAGGUUUUUGAGGGUGGGCAGAUUAUCAAGAGCCUGCUCUAG